CUGUGGGAAGAGCAGGUCAGCAACUCCAGCAAUAUACAAUGAAUUUCGCUAAUAAAACUAGUCCUAUUGGAAAACACACAAGUUAUGAAUUUCCAUACGAGGCCAAGGAGGUCACACCUCUCGUUUUUCACUACAAAUCUUACGUAGAAUAAAAACGAUGGUCAUGCGAAAUUGAUAUCGCCAUUAUCUCAAACCCUCCUCGAGCACUUCCAAACAAAGGACUUCUGCAGGCCGUCAUUACAUUAUACGUACAUAAAUUGAGAAAUAAUUGCUGGUAACCAUUUCCUGCUUCACGGGCAUGCAGUAUUCGGUAGAAAAAAACUGCGCAUCGGAAAAACAUAGAUAAUGUUGGAAGAAUUCGCGAAAAUUAUAGGCGACUUGAUGGAAUAAUGAUUGUGAUGUGACAUUGUUAAAUAUCGUUCACAGAGGACAUAGUCAUGGGAUUUCACACUUGUUUCAUUGUUGAUCUGUCUUUGGAGGGUUCAGUGGAUUGGAGGUUGAUAUCGGCAGAGAAAAAAUUGAGUGAAAAUCUUUACAAAAAAAUCAUUGGUAAGUGUUAUGAAUACUUUUUGGUUAUUAUAAACCUUUUGCCUUUUCGGGUAUCCUUUUGGCACGAAGACCUACUGUUUAUUGCUAACAGAGGUAAAUUACAGCCUCUUCUGUCCAAAAAGAACCCAAAAAUUGCACCACUAGAGUCAGACUAUUAGGGAGCUGCAAACCUUAACUACCCUUACUAAUUUACUUCUCUAUUUUUUUUCGGAUAACACGUUUUAGAUUUGAUAACUUCAAAACUAAAGCUUCGAAUUGUUACUGUAUUCCAGGUAUGAAAGAUGCUAUUACUGCCAAAUCAUCAGUUCACAAAUCAACAUCAGAGUUUUCGUAGCAACUGAACUCAAUAUCCAUCCACACAAUGUUCGAAACGAAGACACCUCAAGCUAACAAUUCGGCUUUGAUCAUGGCUAAAGCGAAAGCGACCAAAAAGAAAUCUUCAGUGAUCUCGAAGCUCCAAUCAGCACUGUCCAACAUAUCGGUGGAACCCAUGCUUCUCCUCUACAUCGGACCCUCCGUUAUGGGAAGCUUAGCCACAGAAAAUCUGAAUCUAGAAAAAGCCUGCCGGGUAAACAUUGGAUUCGACCAAGAGAUCUGCGAUGCCAUGGUCGUUCGGAACACCUCAGGUUACAGCGCUGAGCAGGAGAUACAAGUCCAGAAGCUGGUUUCUACCAUGCUGGCAAUCAGAACGGCCAUACAGGGAAUUGUACCGUUUUUCCUCAUGAUUUUCCUGGGUUCAUGGAGUGAUAGACAUGGGAAAAGAAAGCCGUUCAUUCUCAUGCCUAUAUUCGGAGAAGUAGUCAGUACCUUAGGCUUCAUCCUCUGCACCUAUUUCUUCCUACAGUUAUCAGUCGAAUACGCCAUUUUCUUCGAAGCUGUACCACCUUCUGUGACAGGUGGAUGGUUCUGCUUCUUCGUGGGAAUAUACAGUUACGUUGGAGGAAAGAGCAGCUUGGAAACGAAGACCAUGAGGGUUGGAACUGCAGCAAUGAUGACCCAUGUAGCAGCUACGUUUGGUAUUGCCCUCAGCGGGGUGACAUUCAGAGUACUGGGUUUCUACGGAGUCUACAUUAUAUCCAUCGUGUUCUUCGCCAUAUCGAUCACAUACGGGUUCAUCAUAAUCAAGGAUGAUAUACCUGGUGACGCGAAAGACGAGAAGGGGGGCAAGAAGAAACCGUUUUUGGUCGACCUCUUCGAUCUGCAGCAUAUAAAGAAUACUUUCUCCAUUUGCUUCAAGGAGGGGCCGAACAAUAGGAAGAAGAAGAUUUGUGGUAUUAUGGUCUUGGUUCUGGUCAUCGUCGGGCCUUCUAGAGGUGAAAUGAGUGUGAUGUAUAUGUUCACGAGGAGAAAAUUCGCAUGGGAUGAGUUAAGCUUCAGCGCGUUCAAUACAUUCCAUUGUAUAACGCAAAUGGCAGGUGCUGCAGCAUGCUUGACGAUAUUCGUGAAAUGGAUGAAGGUAGACGAUGCAACUCUGGGGAUGAUAGCCAUGGCCAGCAAAAUCGUGGGAUCUGUGGCCUAUGGACUGGCACCUGACCCCCUAUAUUUUUAUCUAUCUGCUUUCACAGAAGUUUUCAACGGGAGUUCUCACAUAGCUCUGAGGUCGAUCAUGUCGAAGCUGGUUUCUGUUCAAGAACUUGGACAAACUAAUUCGCUGUUUGGUAUGUGCGAAGCCUUGACGCCCUUGAUUUGCGGGCCUUUAUACAGUUUCGUUUACAACAGCACCAUCGCCUUCAUGCCAGGGGCGUUCUUUUUUGUCAGUGGAAUGUUUCAUGUAGUUGCCUUCUUCAUAUUUCUCUGGAUAUAUCUGAUGCACAAAGUUGAUGUGAAAAGAUCGACAGAUGAUAUCGAAAGAAAAACUUCAAGUACAGUCGUGCCACAAGGGAUUCAAAAUGGAGAGAUCGGGAAAAAUGAUGACAAAAACGCGGAACAAGCAUGUAAAAAUACUGAAACGAAAAAUAUUCCAGAUCCUAAGUUUGGAAGGACAAAAGAAGAACAUUCAAACGAAACUAGUGAAACCGUUAAAAAUACUAUUGAAGAUAAGAAACUUCAUUAUGAUAACGAAGGAUAUGUUCAUGAGAACAAAGAAAAACAUCAGUAUUAUGGAUGAAAACCAAGUAGGGAUAUUUUGUAAAACCGAUUUUCUACCUCAAUAUAUCCGAACGAUGAAUAUUCUGUCA